AUUUCUACUUUGCUCUUUCAUUCGUCAGAUGCUGGAUCAUUCACUUGGCUACGUUCGGACGAUACAGUGAAUGUUGUGGAAGGUGACACGGCAAAGCUCAACUGGAGUGUUCGUAUUGGUGCUGGUAAAACAUGGAUAGCAGUGAAGAUCGCAAGGGGCCUUAAUGAUGGUGGUGAUGCAGGAGACGUCGAUAUGAUAAGAAGAAAGCCCUCUGGUGUAGAGAUACUGCUGGCCGAACGAGGUGCUGACAUGGACUUAGACGUUGAAUCGAACUUGAAUGUUCUUAAUAUUACUUUCUCGCUUCGUAAUCUAUCAAGGAAAACUGACGAGAUGUAUUACAGAAUAACUGUGUACAACGAUGACCCGGACAGUACUGUAAAAAACACAAAGCUGAAUGUGGAUGUUCCUUCGUCGUGUAAAAUAUAUCCUGGUAAAAAUAUUACAGUUAUUGAAACAGACAACGUGUCACUAAACGUCACCACCACAGGAAACCCACCUGUUUAUGAGUACAUCUGGACUCAUCCUAAUGGAAGUAGAUUGACCGCCAAUAGCAGACUGACAUUUACAGCCUCAAGACAAGAUACUGGGACAUACAAGGUGUCUGUGUAUAAUGGUGUUGGUGAUAGGAGUAUUUGCAAACGCCACAUCACUGUACAAUUUCCUUCUUCGUGUACCAUACAUCCUGAUGCAACAACAGUUAAGGAAACAGACAAGGUCUCGUUAAACGUCACCACCACAGGAAACCCACCUGUUUAUGAGUACAUCUGGACUCAUCCUAAUGGAAGUACACUGACCGCCGAUAGCACACUGACAUUUACUGCUUCAAGACAAGAUACUGGGACAUACAAGGUGUCUGUGUAUAAUGGUUUUGGUGAUCGGAGUAUUUGCACAAGUAACGUGACUGUACAAUAUCCUCCGGUGGCUGUGACUUCGAAGUUAGUCAUAAUUGAAAACUACCAAAACGGAUCAAUAAAUUGCUCUGCUCCAGGCGAGCCUGAACCGACCUUUUCUUGGACGUCCACCACAACCAGAACACUGCUGACCAAAGACAAUGGAAGAACAGUGGUGUUGAUUAACGCAACACUAGAAGAUACAGGAAACUAUACCUGUACUGCUAAAAAUAGUUUGGGUGAUUCCAGUAGCACCUCGAGUGUAAUAGUUGCAUAUCUUGUUGGUUGUACCAUAUCUCCAGAUUUGCCAAAUGUUAUCGUAAAUGAAAGUGGGUCAGUAACUUUGACAUGCGUUGGAAAAGGACAACCGCCAGUGAAUGAGUUUUUUUGGACCUAUCCUAAUGGCACUACACAUCCUGGUACUUCAGUCCUUCAGUACAGGGCUUCCAGGACGAACAUAAAAAUUUACCACUGUUUGGUUCGAAAUAGCUUAGGACGUUCUGGAAAUUGUACACGCAAGGUCACCGUGCAUUCAAUUCCAGUUCCUUCAUCAUGUGAAAUACAUCCUAAUACAACGACAGUUAAGGAAACAGACAAGGUCUCGCUAAACGUCACCACCACAGGAAACCCACCUGUUUAUGAGUACAUCUGGACUCAUCCUACUGGAAGUAGACUGACCGCCAACAGCACGCUGACAUUUACUGCCUCAAGACAAGAUACUGGGACAUACAAGGUGUCUGUGUAUAAUGGUGUUGGUGAUCCGGGUAUUUGCACAAGUAACGUCACUGCACAAUGUAAGCUGAUGC